AUGAAUCUAGUAAAUAUUGCGAAACACCUUCUCUACUUAACACAAUCGGAAUUUGGCUUUGAAGCUUCAAUUCCAAGCGAUGAUGAGAUUUAUGCAUCACAACAAUUAUUCAAAAUUUUAAAAUCACUCAAAGAUAGUUAUUUUAAUGAACUGUACACUUAUGAAAGUCUCGAUUUCAAAGACGAAUACGAUGAAACAACGGAUGAAGAGGACACCAGCGAUGAAGAAGACACCACUGAUGAAGAAAAUACUAUUGAUUAUGAUGAAAAUCAAUAUUCGAAUAUUUACAAUCAUUUUACGUUAGAAGAGAUGGAAAAAAUAGUGGAUUGGGUUGACCAACAUCCAAAUUGUAAAUUUGCAACUAUCACGAACAGGUUUAGAAAAGUCAAAUCUAUGAAUUAUAUUCCAAGAUUUCGAGAAUAUAUUGGGAGGAACGGCACAAAAUUACAAAAAUUAAAACAAAUCAUGGAAUUCAUGUGGGAAGAAUUUUAUAUGAAACGAGCAACUGAGAAAGAAGCAAUUCAUGAUAAUGACUUAGAGCUUUUUGCGAUACAAAAAGCAAAGGAACUAAGUUGGGACAAUUUCAAAGCAGGUAAAGCAUUUACCAAUGCGUUCAAGAGAGAAAAUCGGAUUUCAUCAAGGAGGUACAACAAAUUGAUUACACGAAUUUAUACAUCCAAAAAAUAUGUGGUUUGCAAGGUAUGUCAAGUUCUACUUGAGAUUCUGGUGUAUUCGCGUAAUGUGUGGUAUCCGUAUAUUUUAGAUGCUCACAAUUGGAUUGAAAGUCAAAGGUCGUUAAUUUUGAAUUAUUCCUCUCAACAAAUUUUGAACAGUGAUCAUUGUUCAUUUCAACAAGAAUAUAUUUCUUCAAGAACUCUUUCUUUUACUGGUGAGAGAACAACAAAAGUUGCUGUUAAAAAGAAGAAUAAUGUAACGCACUCAUAUACAGUGCAAUCUAUUACGUCAGCUGAUGGUCAAUUAUUGAAGAAAUUUUUUCUUAUUCUCCAAGAAAAAAAAAAUGAAUUUGGUAAGCGAGUGCAAAAAAAUUUAGAUGUGCCACAAAAUGUCGUAGUACAAGCUUCAAAAUCUGGAAAAAGUAGCGAUGAAAAACAUCGCAUUCUUUUAAAUGAAGUUUUACGUCCUUUAGUUGGCAGAAAAUUCCUUCUUUUCCUUGAUUGUUGGAAAACUCAAACUGAUCUAAAAAAAUUUAGAGCAGUAUUUCCACAUCAAGACAGUCAAC